AUGUUUUCAGAACACGGUAGUGGGAGCAAAAUGAAAUCUGCUACUAUUUCUGUUAUUGAUGCAACUUCAUUAGGUUGGGGCACCAGAGUGAAAGGCUUCGUUGCUUGUUUUGCAAUAGGAUGCCUGUGCUCGCUCUUGGGUAGUUGUCUGCUAUGGGUACCAAAGAAAGGGCUGAUGCUUUUUGCAGUGUUUUAUACGUUGGGGAAUAUUGCAUCUAUUGGGAGCACUCUUUUUCUUAUGGGACCGAUGAAACAACUGAAAAGGAUGUUUGAGCCUACACGUUUGAUUGCUACUGUUGUUAUGCUAUUGUGUCUCAUACUAACACUGUGUUCUGCCUUCUGGUGGCGUAAGCAAGGACUUGCGCUCCUUUUCUGCAUCUUACAGUUUUUUGCCUUGGCAUGGUACAGCAUUUCCUUCAUACCAUUUGCAAGGGAUGCUGUGAAGAAAUGUAUUUCCGUCUGUCUGUCCUAACAGGAAUACUGGAUGCUUCACAAAGUUCUAGGAAGUAUAGUAGAACUAUGUUAAGAUCGCUGUGCAUGUAUUUUCCUACUUCUGUCUUAAACAUGUGCCUUUCAGCUUGUUGUUAGAAGCUCCUUGUGUUAAAUAGAGUGUAUGCAAUUGCUUGGUUUUGUAAGCAAUGGUGUCUGUAGGACAGGGUGCUCGUGAUCAAAUGAAGUUCAGUCUGGCAGAAGACCUGGGCAGAAAAUCUAGAAUUUGUUGUGAUAAUUCUUAUGUAAAAUCAUGUAUUUGUUGGGUUUUGCAAAAGUAACCCAAGUAAUACAUGAAGUCUGUAAAAUGGAGACCUUGACUCUGAUGGGACUAUGCCAGUCUACAGAAUUUCUCUUUCAAGAAAAAGAAAUUAGUUUCCAGCUGAUUUCUUACUGACAACUUGGGUUUUUUAAAUAGCCUUAUGUCACUUAAUCUUUGCACUGUUUGACUUGGAUAAUGGAAUAUUGGUAUUCUUUCUUUUCCUACCUCUCCUGCAAAUUGUAGGUCUAUGAGACUUCUAAAUACUUAAUUCUAAAUGAAAAUACUGUUUUGGAGUAAGUAUGAAUUUUUUGCAUCUUUAAUGAAGUAUUUAAGUUUCAGUUUAGACUAAUGGUGUUUCAUUAAAAUACAUGAAAGGGACGUUUUUCACCUGUUAAAACUUGUUCCCAUGGGAAAAGCACUUGCAAAAUAAGGUUAAUAGAAUUUUUUAGCUGCCAGGAACCAGAGUUCUUUGCUUUGCCUACAGCUAACAGCAAUACACACAACGUAGGAACUUUGAAAUUUUUCAUGUGAAGGAAGGUGCUUCUAUUCUCCCCCAGCGCAGGAGCAGUGUGAAGCUGAGGGCAUGAUAGUUAAGCAAAGAGAGAAUUUAUGUAUGUCCUUUCUCAAAGGACAAACUCUGCUGAUAAGAUGGGAGUGUGCUAUUGUUUAAGUAGUCUGGGCCGGAGAGAAGACAUUUUCUUCUGAACUUGUAAAUAUGUUAAAACUCCCAACUUCCGUUUUUUGGGGGUUGUUUUGGUUUUGGUUUUUUUUUUUUUUUUGUAAAUGGAAUCAGUUUUUUUUACUCCUAAAUCUCUUGCUUACACUAGUGAACUACUUCUGCUUUGAGGAGAAAGUACAAUUUUCUCUUGCCUGUCUUAGCAAAGAAAGCCUGUCACAAUCUAGCUGCCAGCUCAAAAAAAAAUGCUGAACAGUUGGUAUCCAAAUUCCAAGGCCACUCUACAUUCUCUUUAUCUUCUGAGCUAUGUAUAAUCAUUUACUCCCAAACCACUUCAGUGGUCAGUUGUUUAAUAUCUGAGCACAGAUUCCUGCUUCUGCUGUGUGAGAUACUGUUUAACUGCUUUCACCUUUCCUCUUACCAAACUGUCUUGCUAGAGUCAGUGUCUAUGGAGAUGAUUAUCCAGUGGACUUUAGUAUGAACUGAAGCCUCCCAUCCUCCAUCUACCAAGAGUUUGGUCAUUUAACAGCAUUGUGUUUACAGGGCAAGCAUAUCCAUGACUUGUACCACAAAAAUUUUAAUGCAGGAAAAACCUAGAUGUAGCUGGCAAUAAAGUAUAGGCCCACAGUGAAGGCAAAUAAUUCUAUGGCUUCCACAAAGUUACUAGAAGCUGAGUUAAUUCAAUCUUAUGCUUAAGUGUCCUUCUGAUAACUUAGAAAGCAUAGUACCAUCCUGCUGUUAGGAUCCUCUAAAAAAAAAAAAUAAAUUCCCUUUUGUGGAUGGUAUGAAAGGGAAAUUUUAACAGGCUUUCUGAGGAUUUCAGCUGGCUAGAGUUACUGUUACAAAGGCAUUUGAAUGGAAAAUGCCACCUUGAAAACAUGGCAGUGAUGUUGGGAUGAAUCGGCUAUACAGGAUGAUGUUCAAGUGCUAUGUCUUGAUGCUUUUUUCCCCCCACUAGGAUUUGGAAGUUAGUGUUGAAAUAACUAGGUUGACUAUUGCUGUUCUUGGAAGGAAGAAUUAGUUAAAUGCCCAAGGGAGACUGGGAAUUAAAGAAUACUGAUACUUCUUUUCACUGACUGAUCUAAACCAAGUAUCUAAGGUGAUGUGUGUAUCUUUUUUUUUUUUUUUUUUUUAUCAUGGAGUAGGUUCCAAACCUAACUUACAUCUGUCAAAGGACCUGUGUUAGUCUUUUAUUAGGUCUUUGGUAAUGUUUACAGAAUUCUUUUGUAUAAGGGCAAUCAAAAUACAAGCCUAAUUCCUUUUACAUUCCAAUAUUUCUUUAGUUUUAACAUCUCUGGGUGCUCCUGGAAAACGCUAUGAGUAUAGCCUACAUUAUUUCUCCUUCCCCUCUCCAGGAAAGUUAUGUUAACUCGGAUCAUCAUUCCAGGCUCAUCAGCAGUCAACAUAAUGGAAUUUGACUUCUGGGGUUCAUUUUUUUUGAAUAAUUUAGAUUAGAAGGAGUAAAAGCCUUUUGCUUAUUCCUUGACUAGCUUAUGCAGGAUUGUGGUACCCUGACUCUCUAGCAGUUUCUCUAGAGGAACACUAGAAUUGGGUAUGCUGAAUAUUAGUUUUUUCAACUUGGAUACUAGCUAACUGGAACCUUUUAGCAGACUGUUAUGAGCACAACCACUUAGAAUUAGGAAAUUUAGGAAACUACCAAUGGAUAGUGAGUAAAUAUAAAUGGAUUUUCUUUUUUCUUCUCCACUCUCCUAUACUUUUUAAAGCUUUAAUUCCAGCUCCACAGCCUUUUAUUCAGUAAGAGAGAAGAACAAACCUUCAUUUCACUGCAUAGCACAUAAGGCUAAGCAAUUAUGCCCUUAAAGGAAGGGAACCCAAAGGGAGAUGGCAAAUCUAUGGAUCACCAGAGUGCCACUAGAGUUUAUGUUGCCAUUUGGUGUUGUAUUCUGUUCCUGUGAAGGUCAGACAGUAGGAGAGAAUCGCCAUAUUCUUGCCAAUAUGUGAAACAUACUCAGGGUUUGUCACUUCAUCUAUGAGCAGUUUUGAUUUAAAAUAAUUCUUCUCUAUCAGAACAAAACUCUUCAGAUUCUUACUUACAAGUAGUUGUGUUCAGGCUAUUGCUGAGUUUGGCAGCAAAAGAUUUCCACUUUUUUAAAUUACUUUUAUUUUAUAUGAUUUUACAUAAUUGGGGAGUAAACAUGUAUGAAUGUUCCCUCUUGACCCGUUUCAAUCUGAAUUAGAUUAUACCAUUAUACCAUUUUUUUUUGUCAUUAAAACUUUGUGUUAAGUUUUGGUAUCAUCAGCCUUGGUUAUCCACUUGGCAGGAAGCAUGGUGGGCAUUUCUGAAGCUUUCUAUCGUAAUGUCCUUCAAGGCAGGAAUGUUUGUUGUAUGUGCUCUACUGCAAAUAGAGACAUGUUUGGUUUAAAUCACAAAGCUCCUUCCUUCCCAAAGUCCUUGCUCAGUUGCCUACAGCACUUACCUCAAGGCUGACUUUCCUAAAGAAACUGGUAUGAUGUUGGAUGCCCAUCUCAGUAGGAUUUGGUGUUCUACCAGAAAGUGCUUUUUGCCCAGGCGCACUAUUAUUCAACUUGCCUAUCCACUGGUUUUACUUCUUGUAGUACAGAUAACAUACCUUAACCAAGCAGCCUUAGCAUACAGUUGUAGCAUGAAAUGUGCAUAUCUGGGAUCAGCUGACUUUCCAGAUAUAGUAGAAAUAGAAGUGGGGAGGGUGGUAGUCAUCUGUUCCCAAAGUACUGAGAUUUGAUACAUUAAAAUGUGGGAUUUUUUUUUUCAUUACUUCAAAGCUUUGCUCUGUUUUGUGUGAUGACUGUGAAUAUUGGUACUAUCCAAGAUGGUUCUACAGUGAUGAGCUGAACAAUUUCAACUUGUUUAGUAUUUCCAGUAAUAAGAUUGUUCAUCAGCUGUUACAAAAACCAAGGAAGAAAUUUCUGCACCAAGUCAAAAUUCUUUUAAGAAACUGUUUUUUUAAAAUAGCAAGUGUGCUAGGCUUUGUGUGAAUAUUUACUAUGCAAGUUUGGGGGAUGAUGGAGACUCUGCUGUGGGAUGGCUUCCAGCUAGGUGCAGGAUGAUAGGCUUGGAUGCAUUGUAACUUGUGGGUAGAUUGCAGCUGGCAUGCAAUGCAUUUGGAGGCUCGUGGCACUGUUGCUUACGUGCAGUCUGGAACUUGUGUUCUGGGAACUGCCUUGUGGAGCAGUGUGGGCACUUGAAGCUCACCCCUUUUUUGCUGCAUGCUAAGAGUUUGAAAGAGUCUCUGAGUUUCUGAGAACAGUUCUUGCUUAGUUUUGGUACUUAAUCGUGUUAAUGGAAGUAAGAUCACUGUUGCUAUUGUAGACUUCAAAACCAAGGAGGAGGAGGAUGACGUUUAACCAAACAAUUGUCUUAAAUACCGAUGUUUACAACCAUAGCAAAUACUGACCACACAGGACAGAAAGCACAGAAAUGGUAUAUUUUCUUAAAACCACGUGCCUCACUGUAAUGUGAUAACACUAUAUUUUUUUUAACAGCUGUGGAAUUGUUUUGUACAAUAAAAACCAAACUCUCAAAUUCUCCACAAUGUUUUAUACUGUUACUGAUUCUGUUUGCUGUUGUGCUUUUUCUAUGUAUUUACACUGUUUGAUUUCUAUGUUGAUAAACAUCUUUUUUCCUAACUUACAACUUCAUCUGUAAUGAAGUGAAAUCUUUACUUACAAGU